AUGUAUGAUGCGGUACUCGAACGGCCCAGCUGGGAUAUCCGCUGGAGAAUCUGCUGGAGAGAGGGGGGGGGGAAGGCUCUAUGGUACUGUAAUCGACAACUACGUUGGUCUAUGCGGUAUGAUAGUUAUGGCACUUGUGUCCAUUCCUCGCCACGCACAGCGGCUCGCAUGCGAAUAUCGAAUCUUCUAUUUAUCGAGAACUUCAAAAUGCCAUCAUACUCGGCCACCCAUUGAACCAAUCGGGGAAAUGGAAGUGGGGGCAUCUAUCAUAGCUAGCUGGGACACCAAUCCAUCAUCUACCGUACCGUAUCAUACCGGCCAAGAGGGAAUAUAAAGUUAUAUAGGGCCCCAGCCAGAACCCACUUGAUCGGUCAAUCAAUCGAUCCCACCGAUGCGAUAUUAUUAUACCACACUACGAUGAACCCAUCAUUGCGUUCGACAGUUGCCAGCUUUUUUUCUUCCCUCCCCGUCACCACAGUUCACAACGUACACUAGGUAUUAUCACCCGUACGUAACUUCCUAACUCUAGGAUACACACCCAUGCAUGGAUACCCAAGAGGAUUUCCACAUCUUUGUUCAGAUAAAUUUAAACACCCCUCUCGAAUCCCUAUUUUAUCGUCGUCAUUCGCGUCAUGUAUGAUAGGUUGACUGAUCUGCCUAUCGUAUCGUUUCGUCUCGUCUCGUCUCCCGUGCCGUAGUCUACCGUCCGUCCCGCAUGGCAGGCGGGUGGGUGAGAAAAAAACAAAAUAUCAACCAAACAACUUGCAUCCCACUCACUUUACUUGACUUGACUCGGUGAUUGGGAAGGAGUACUCGAGUAUAAGGACCUCCUCCCUUUUUCUAUGCUUGCUGAAAGUUGCAUCCGUGUGUUUUUUCUUCUUGUAGCUCAGUGUUACGUGCGGGCCAAUUGCCCACCGCUCCUGGCCUGUGCUAGUAUCAUACCAUCCAUCAUUCUAGGUCAGCCUGGACCAGCUCUUCAGUCGCUUCAUCACGCAUCACGGGCAGAUGGAUGGGUGAUUUGAUGCAAGUACUCUAGGUGGAUUGGGGGUACAAGAGACAUCUCAGCAAAAUAACGGUCUGAAAAAGAUCUGCUGUCCGGCCUGAAACUUGGGCGGGAUUUGAGUGAACCCUGUCGCGCGCGAAACCCAUAGUGGUUCUGCGUCACUCGCUUUAUUGUCACUCCUACCAGUACAGGGACACGAAGGCUCGACCGACAGCUGCGUCUGGCACCGAGUGGAAUAAAAAAAUGGGAAAAUAAGAAUUCGUGAAUCCAAAAUUUUUUUUUCCGGGAAAACAACACUACGAAAAGUAUACAUACGCGUGGAGGGGGAAAGGAAUAAGUAA